AAAUGAAGGCUGGUUUUGUGUUCUUUCUUUGGCUAUUACUCUUCGAAGGCUUUGACUGCGAUUGUCGGGAUGGAUGGGUGAAGCAUGGUGCCUCGUGUUACUAUUUUAGUCAUGAUACCGAAACGUGGAUAGGCGCCACGCAAAUAUGUAAGGCGCUACAAGGCUCGUUGGUGACGAUAGAAUCACAACAGGAAAACGACUUUCUGACAAGCCAAAUACAUACACUUAAACAGGAAUGGUACUGGAUAGCCCUCUGUAACUUGGAAAAUGAAGGCACUUGGGUUUGGAUGGGAGAAGGAAAGUCAACACCAGCGGUUUAUACCACAUGGGACCACGGGGAGCCGAACAAUUCAGACGGCAAUGAAAAUUGUGGGAUUCUCAGAAAAACGUCUCAUUGGAAUGACGACGUGUGCCAUAAACCUGGAGUGUUCAUAUGUGAAAAGCAGGAUGAAAUGGAAAUCAUCGGUUGAUUCGUUAGUUCGAAAACGAGUUGUUUUACUGCAAUCUAAGAGACUUGAUCCGAAAUUAUUUAUAAAUACGAAUAAAAUAUCAAGAAGUUAA